CCUAACUUAACACAACCCAACUCUAAUCCUAACCUGAUCUAACCCAAUAUACCUAGACCGAGACAGGAGUUGGCUGUCUUCGACUACCCUCCAGCCUCUAGCCUACAGUCACCUAUAGUCUACAGUCUACUAUUAUCCGUGUACCUGCUGCUCGCUGUCAUUAAUAUAGUCUCUCGCGAAAUCUCACGAGAGUAGCAUAGCGGCUUAGCGAUGACCGACGCGUCGGGCUUACCGGGCGCUACUACGGGUCAGAGGGCAAUGUCGAGACUGCUGCGGCAACGGGCCCAGGAGUUUCUCGCUUCGCGGAAACACGCCAACAACCUAGUAGACAUAAUCGGUCAUUGGGAGGAGUCCACCUGCUUAUGCCUGCUCACGAUAGAAACGAUAUUCGUCGAAGUACUGAAACGCGGCGACAUGUAUCUCGAACGUUCAAUAACUCUCACCACUUCGGAACUUAGUCCCGAAUCGCGCUAUGUAACUUGGCUCAGAAAUUGCUACGAGGAAGUUUGGAAGAAGAUACUAGCAUCGAUGGAGAAGUGUCGAUCAAAUAUUCAAUUGCAAGCCCUUACAACUGCGAUAAAAUUGUUGGCGGAAGAGGGUAAAGCGUCAUUGGAGCCACGUGACCAAGCAGGUUAUCACUUUCCUCUGCAUCGUCUAAAGCCUAUCCUCAUGACGUUGCUUUCACCUCAAAAGGAUAAUACAAAUUUAAUAUCGAGAUUCCAAGAGAUCACUGAAUACCCUGAUGCCUUGUACUAUACAUGGAAAUGUCUACCCUCUCUCACCCCAAAGAGACAACCACAAGAAAUUUAUUUUAAGAAUCUGUUGGAACUUAUAGAUAAAAUACCACUACCAAAAGAAGAAGAAGAAGAAGAAUCUAAAGUAUCGGACAAUAAGGAGCUUCUAUGCGGAUCACAAGAUAUUACAUUCACAUGGAAUCAGUCGGCCGUUAAGCGUGCGUUAAACAAAGUCUGGGGCUGUGUUAUGCAUUGGGAACUGACGCCGCAGUUACACAAGCGAUUGUUACUGGUCUUGCUGGAACGAGUCAUGCCGCAUUUAGAGAAACCGAUAUUAUUGACAGACUUCUUAAUGGACUCCCUAAAUUUUGAUGGUCCUAUCGGCGUGCUAGCCUUGCAAGGUGUAUUUAUACUGGUCACCAAGCAUAAUAUAGAUUACUCAAUUAUCUUCACCAAGCUGUAUUCGAUGUUUGAACCAGAAAUUUUUCAUACAAAGUAUAAAGCUCGUCUGUUUUACUUAUCUGAUCUGUUUCUUAGCUCGACACAUUUACCAGAAGCAUUGGUAGCGGCAUUUGCGAAGCGACUGGCACGUUUAACAUUAGUCGCGCCGCCGGAAGAUAUCCUAAUAAUUCUCCUCUUCGUGGGUAACCUGUUGCUCCGACAUCCAGGACUAAAGAGACUGAUUGAUCAUCCGCAGGGCGGCGAAGUUGCUUCUGGUGCAGGUGAUCCGUUCCUCAUGGAGGAACGCGACCCGUUACUGAGUAACGCGCUGCUCAGUAGUCUGUGGGAAAUUCGAGCGUUGCAAUGGCAUAUUCUUCCCAGCAUCGCCAGUGCAGCGCGUUUCAUUCGCGAGCCUCUGCCCUCAGUUGAGUAUGAUAUGGCGUCUGCGUUGGAGCGUACUGGUGGCCAUCUUUUCGAUCGUGAGUUGAAAAACAAGGUCAGGGAAAUCAUGUUGACAUUCGAGAGACCAAACUCCAUGGCACUGUCGAGAGGAGAGAAGCUGCUGCAAUAUUGGCAACUCACGAGCACGCAUUGAUCCCUUCCUUCUAUACGCAGCGGGAUCGAGUGCAAUAUACGUGAGUGACAAGGCGUCAUUGUCAAGCCACGCGAUUCAGGUGAAAAAUAGACAUUUUGCAUUUUAUACAAGGUAUCUAUGACGAGCGAAAGACGCGGCAGUGUAUUUUUCCGCAGCGUUGAACAUCUGUGCUUAGAAUAAUAAGUUUGUGCGUAAUUUAUUUAAUUCGCAAAUGAAAAAAAGCUGCUUUUCGUUGUUUAUUCAUCUGAAUUGUACGUAAUACGAUAAUUUAUAUAUUUUAUGCGUAAACUAUUUUGUGAGAUUUUCUUAUAUCAUUCAACUCUUUCAUUGUGUUCCUUGUACAACCUUAAUAAAAAUCGCUGCUGCCUUGUUACAGCAAACUUUUUGUCAAACUUGCCUAGAUAAAAUAAAAAAAGUCAACAUAUCGUAAGAAUGUUGACAUAUCAUUAGUUUUUAUAUAUGUCGUAGGCAAAUAGUUAUUUUAGAAAAAUAACUUUUGACUAGACAAAUGCUAUCUGUCUGGUCAAAUGGUUUUCGUCCGUUUAUUUUUGUGUUGAGAUGCCAUUUUCUUAGGCAAAUGCUAUUUUCCUAGGCAAAUGUUAUUUGACUGAACCAUUGGUCUUCACGCAUACACUUUUUUAUCGAUAUUUGAGGUGAAAGCGUUAAAUUAAAUAAUUACCUUAUUAAUAAUUAUAACGAAUACCAUUUGCCUAACAGCGGUUCAGUCAAAUAACAUUUGCCUAGGAAAACAGCAUUCGAACACAAAUAAAUGAGAUGAAAGCCAUUUCAGUCAGCCAAAUCAGGCAGAUAGCAUUUGUCUAGUCAAAAAUUAUUUUCCUAAAAUAACUAAGUGCCUACGACAUAUAUAAUAACGCAAGAAAAAUAGAAAUAUCAACUUAGGUAGCACCAACGAUCGCGAUAAAUUAAUUUUUCUAUCUCAAUGCAACUGAUACAUUUAAUUUCAUUACACAACGGUAAAAUGAUUUACAAAAAAGGACUAUAUAGUUAUGCGUUAUUCUAUAUUUUUAUAAUUUAAACAUUAAAACGUAACGCGAUACAAUAGAGUCUGCAUAUAGGGUAUCUGAUAAUCGUCCUAUUCGUAAUGUGAAGAGCGGACGGGUUAAGCCGAGUAAGAAAAUCCUUUACCGUUUUACGAUCUUUGCAAUAAAUAAUAAGAAAUUAAUUAAAAAAUAUCGACCAAUUCGCGCAAGUAUUAGCACGUGGCGAAAAAGGCCUUAGGCCCCAUUGAUAUGUGAUUGCAAGGACACGAAAAUCCAGCGGAUUAACUUUUGGGUUGUCUCUUCUCGCUGCGCGUUUAUACUCGCGCAAAUCAGUCGAUUUUUUUCAUUAAUUUCUCAAUAAUAAAUAAUUAUUACGAAAAUCGCAAAAUAGUAAAGGAUUUUUGUUUCAUCUGUUCUACCGUACAUGGGUGGGGCGAUUAUUAUCAGAUACCCUGUACAAACGCAAAACUUAAUGUAUGUUGCAUAUGAUUUGGUUUAUUUAUUCAAACAUUUUAUUAAUAAAUAAAGAAAACACUAUAUAAUUUAUUUUUUGACAAUUAUUUAUCGAUAACGAAAAAAAACAAAAUACAUUUUUGUAUUGAAAUAUUUUUUUAAUAGAAAUCGGAGAGAGGGGUGAGGAGGGAGAAAGGGAAAGAGAGAGAGAGAGAGAUAGAGAAAGUAGAAUUGAAGUAAACUAAUCCGUUGCGUAUUUGCCAUAUUUCAAAACAGAAUUUGUGAGAUACUCGUUAUAAUUUUAAUGCUUUGAAGAGAUAAUCAAAACUUUUAAGCGGCGUAGUAAGAAUUGAAUUUAUCGUUCCUUCAAUUUUGCGAAGGCAAUAAAAUAACAAAAUAAAACCGCGCAUGAUUCAAUCUGAUAUUCUAAAUAAUUUACAUAAUUUGCAAAAUUCAAAUAUAAAACACUAUAUCGAUUAUCUAGGCUUUGCGAAUAGCGAAUAUGAUAUUUGUAUGUGAAAUGAAACACAAGAUAAUUAACUGAGAAUAUUUUAAUUCGACUAAAAAUAAUUGUAUAAACUUACUUUCUCAUAAAGUGAGAACAUUCUUGAUAUUGUAUACAAAAAUUCAUAUUCAUGUGACACAUAAGCAAACAAUAUUAGGAUUCACUUUUAUUUAUAAUCUAUUCUCUCGAAUCUUUUACAUUUCUCUCUCUCUCUCUCUCUCUCUCUCUCUCUCUAUAUAUAUA